AUAAAAGAAUUCGAACCUGAGAGUGCUGAAACAUCAUCAGAGAACGUCAGUCAAUACUUGGAUAAAGAGGAGGCGUGUCCGAAGGUCGCUGAUGUAAAACCGAAACAAACGAGUCCCGUGCCCGAAUCGGCAGAUCGGAAACGAAAAUUGUCUACAGAAAGUGGUCACAGCUUUAUGAAGAGAAUUCAAGAUGCUAAGCGGAAGAUCAAAGUUCCGAAAAUAAGUUUCUCAACAAAAAAGCUCAUCAAGAAAAGUUCCAGUCUUCCCAAAGAUACAAUCCAGAAGAAGGUAAAGAAACAAACAGACAAAACGCUUUUACGGAAGACUGAUGAUAACCCUCAAUACAUCUACAUCCCCUUGAAGCCUCCUCCCGGUGAAACAGACGAAUUUUCACACUUGGAAUUCCAGUCGCAGGGUAAAGAACUUAUGAAUGUUGGACCUGGUCAACCGCACACUGACGAAAAUUCGAAGCAAAUUAUUGACGGCACCUUUGGAGGUCCUAAUGUCGAAUGUGAUAAUAAUUUAUUAGAGACCAAUAAAAUUUCCACUCUUCAGAACAGUUCUGAAAACCUCGACAGCAGUGAGCUAAAUUCGCAACUAGAAAAAUCCCAAGAGACAAAUAUUGAAAAUACCGCAACUGCUCUUGAACCUGCACCUCAUCCUGAAAUACAAUGUGAUAGCAGUGGACCAACGGCUAAAAUAGGAGUUCAGAAAACGACCAAAAAAUCCCCACUAAAAAUUAACCCAGCUUUCAAACAAUUUUUAAAGGAUGUUCGACAUUUGAAAGUAUCUGAAAAACCAGAAGUAGUAGACUCAAGUACAGAAUCGAAAGGUCUUGCUCUGGAUACAAAACCUGCAUUGGAAAUUGCGGAAUCUCCUGUUGCUGCUGUAAAUUUAAGCGCUGAAUGCGCAACUAACCAAGCUCCCAUUCUUCACCAAGAUGAAAGUGACGUUGUUACUGAUCCAGAUGACCAACCUGCACCUGGAAAUACUUCAGAUGGUUCAGAAAUUGCAGAAAACGACCAAUUUGAUAAACUUUUCGAAGCAGGCUGUUCAAAAAAUUCUGAUCCAACUAAUAUUCAUGAGUUGAUGGUGCCCCAAGAAACCAGCGGCUGUUCUGAAGCAGUAACACGAACAAGUCGAAGCAAAAGCGCAGAGCCAGAAAAGAGAAGAAAAUUAUCACUAGAAAGCCGCAAAAGUUUAUCCAGAUUAGGGCUAAUGAAAAAAAUUCGAGAAGUUUCCGGAAAAGUUACUAGUGCACUCUCUGUGGAGAAUUUUAAACAACUUUUUCGGCCUGCCGAGAGUCCACAGAAAACGAAAACUCCCGAGAAAGAGCAAAAGUUGGCCAAGAAAGAAGUGAAAGCAAAAACUGAAGACAAAUUGAAGAAGUGCAGAUCAACGCCAGUUGAACCAGUUUACAUCAGGAUCCCUCUCAAGCCACCAGAGGGUGAAACGGACGAAUUCUCCUAUUUGGAAGGAAAUGCACCUGAAUCUAGCAUGACCGCGGAAAAAACGGUUGAGGAUAGAAGCGAUAGUUUAGAUACAACGAGUCCCAGUGAAGUUAAUAAGAAGGAUAUACAGUUUAUUUUCCUGACGCCUCCAAGCGAUGACGAACUACUGGAUAAG